ACUGCAGACAUGGACACACCGAUACGAAAAAUGUAACCACGAGCUAAUGGACUGGAUGGCAAUGGAACGGUAUAUUCCAUACCGCAUCCAACAUAAGACCGAUGAGGAUUGGGCCGCCGAAGUUGAACAGGAAUUAUUCUUGGCUAAUCGGAAAGCCGCAAAAUUUCCAAGCUACGAGGAAGCCAGAUGGUACAUCCGUCCGGAAA